CUAUGCCUCAGUGGCUCGUCAUUCCACUACACCACAAUGUCACAGUUCUUUUCAUUGCUGGGUCAGGAUGUCGAUUUCAGUUGCAAGGUGGACAACCUUGGUCGGCACAUGAUCGCAUUCGUGCGUUCCAGUACACCUCCCAGGUUAAUAUCAUUUGAGGAGAAGAUAAACAAAUAUGACCUGAAGUCGAAAAUGGGCCCUUUUAAUAACGAAUGGGUUCUGACUGUGAAGAAUGUUCAGGAGAGCGAUCGUGGAAACUAUUCGUGUCAGGUGAAUACCGAUCCAGUACUGAGUGCUACCGCCGUAUUGGAUGUGAAAGUCCCACCAGUGGUAUCUCGUGGUACUCCGUCAGCUGUCGAAGUUCGAGAAGGACACAACGUGACGUUAACGUGCAAAGCAGAAGGAAAUCCAACACCAUCUGUAGUCUGGCGUCGUCAGGACAAACAGAUUAUCCGCUACAACGGCGCCACCGGAUUCGGAGCGAGCGUUUUCCACGGCUCCAGCCUUCAUUUGACUAAAGUGAAUAGGAAGCACAUGAGUGAAUAUGUGUGUGUGGCCAGCAAUGGAAUUCCGCCAGACGAGACAUGGACCGUUAAGCUGCUUGUUACAUUUGCCCCCAUGAUCCAGCCGAAGUCCCCUAGCGUUAGAGUGCCUCUGGGCACUCUAGCACGUCUCGUCUGUACUGCCGAGUCGUGGCCGAGACCCGAUGUCAGCUGGGACAAAGAAGGACACCAAAUUUUCGAUUCGGACAAUUACGUCACGACGGUCUCCGGUCAGUAUCACAGCGUCCAUGUACUUGAGAUUCGUCGGGUUGAAAAGCACCACUACGGCAGUUACCGCUGUACGGCUAGAAAUGACAAUGGAAUACACUUUGCUGACAUUGAAUUGCGAGGUUCGUAUUGGUGUUCGUUGAAUAUGGUAUUUGAGCGCGCAGUUCGAUCUGGGUACAUACGAAUAUCAUACUUUUACUAUGAGGUCUAUGGUUUCUACUGCUAG